AUGGAUAUUGAUGAAUAUUCACUUUAUUAUUUGGAAAAUGGAACUGAGAAUUCAACUCUGUUGGAUGCUUCUUUUGAGCCAGCAAAAAAUAUUAAACCAAAAACUCCGUUUAAUCUGACGUUACAAUAUGCAAAUGGAACGUAUCGUUUCUUUUGGAAGAAUGGAUAUGAAAAUCAUAUUUACAAAGGAGUUCUACCCAUCUUAUAUGAAUUCAAGUACUACAAAGAUGGAAAUCAUGCAAGCGCGGUCAGUGUUCAAGCAGGCAAAGAUAUGAUUCAGAUUGAUGAAAUGAAGCUUGAUCCGGACACUACAUACACUGUGAUGGUGAAGAGUAAGAUAGAUGAUGGAAAUGUCUACAGGGGGAUGUGGAGUGACUGGAGCAGUGCAGUGGAAUGGAAAACAGCAUACAGAGAUGAGCCCAAUCAAGUCAGCAAGAUUGCCAUUGGAAUGUUUUCAAUGGUUGGACUGUUAAUUCUGCUUAUGUCCAUUCCUGCUGCAAGAUUUAAGAUGAAAGAAAUUUCAUGGGUGCCAACACCAGCACCGUACUUCCAGCCACUUUAUCAAAAUCACCAAGGCAAUUUUCAGUCUCUGAACGUGGCGUGUCUGAGUGGGGAUGUUCUGUCUCUGAAGGACUCGGCUCUUAGUCUCGAGGGUCUUGAGGACUGCGAGGCUUUCGAAGCACCGGUUAUCAUUAACCCAGUGCCUGUCUGUUUCAAACAAGACUACUGCACUCUCACCAACACUCCCACAGGCCCUGUUCCCACCUUCACCAGAGAUGUAGAGCAGGACGAAAACACCUCUAAUGAUUAAAUGCAGGAAGGCAUUAC